AUGAAUAUUCCAGAACGGGGCGGUGGUGGUGGUGACGGUGGAGGAGGAGGAGGAGGAGAGGUGAAUAACCAACCUCAGCAGCCGCCGCAGCCUCCGCCACAGCAGAGAUGUCCUCGCUGUGAUUCUGUGAACACCAAGUUCUGCUACUACAACAACUACAGCCUUUCGCAGCCAAGGUACUUCUGCAAAACUUGUAAAAGGUACUGGACCCAUGGAGGAUCCUUGCGAAACAUACCCAUCGGUGGUGGUUGCCGGAAGGGAAAACGGACCAAAUCGUUGUCGGCCUCUUCGUCAUCAUCCGCUGCCGCCCUUCAAUUGAUGAGCCGGCAACAACCGCUGCAACCUCGGCUGCAAGAGGUGAUCCCUACGCAACCGAACCCGAUGACGUUACCUUCACGCGUUAAUCUGGUCGGUCGUUCUUCUGCGAUGGCGGCACCGGCACCGGCACCGGCAGUUCCUUCGAUUAGUUCCUACUAUCAAGGUGGCGGGCAUCUAUCAUCUCUGGCGGCGAUUCACUCCCAAAACCCAUCACAACCAUUAUUCAACCUUUCGUCUCUGAAUCUUGUUCCUUCUAAUCUGGGUCUUCAUCCUUGGUUCAACGCUCCGUCGACUCAAGCCUCGAAGCACCAAGUUCCUCCGUCGUCACCGGUGUUCCAAUCGGAAAAAAGAAGCAGGGAGGUGGAAUCUCUGUACUUAUCUGAUCAUCGAGGUCUGGUUCAUCAAACGAGCAUGAUGAAUAUGGGUAAUAAUAGCAGUUACGCUUCACUCCAUGAUUGGUCUCAAAACUCUAUGUGGAGUACUGUGAGCACAACUUCGAUUGCAGACAAUUCUGGGAGUACUGGUAAUAAUGGUCAUAGUAAUAAGCAUGAUGCUAAUAAAGCUGGAUCAUCUUCUCUGAGUGGAAAUCAAUGGCCUGACCUACCAGGAUAUGACCCUCCUCAAUGA